GGGCCGGGACAGCGGGACAUGCAGGGCAUGCAGGGCUCGGCCCGCCGCUCCCUGCAGGGCUCAGCCCGCCGCUCCCUGCCGGGGAGGCGUCCCCGCUGCCGGGGGUGGCACAGCCCCGCCCGUAGCGAGCGCAGUGAAGGCUGUGUCUGCACGGACAGGCUGUGUCCGCGUCCUUUCACCUCAGGGAAUCUCCUUAAAAACGCCUGUUUUCACUUUGGCGUGUUUUCUGUUGAAAUGAUAUGAUUUAUGUUAAUUAUUAAAAAUACUUAAUUAUUUUUAAGAGUGCUUUGCACUGGGUGUAGCUCAUGGUAACUAAGCAGCGCUGUGUGGGAGAUGGCACUCUUGGCAAAUCCCUUAUUGGAUGUAAAAGAAGAAAUCCCUGCUCUUCCUCAUUUUUCAGAUUUUACUGAGAUGAUGAGGGCGCUGGGGUAUCCUCGACUCAUAUCCAUGGAGAAUUUCCACACCCCAAACUUCAUGCUUGUGUCAGAAGUGCUGCUGUGGCUGGUCAAAAGGUAUGAACCUCAGAGUGACAUUCCUGGGGAUGUGGAGACAGAGCAGGACCGGGUUUUCUUCAUUAAGGCCGUGGCUCAGUUCAUGGCCACCAAGGCUCACAUCAAGCUGAACACCAAGAAGCUGUACCAGGCCGAUGGGCACGCGGUGAAGGAGCUGCUCAAGGUCACCUCGGUGCUCUACGGGGCCAUGAACACCCAGGGAGGGGAGCGUGCACAGUUCCCCGAGGAGGACAGCACCAAGUUCAAGUUUGAUCUGGGCUCAAAAAUUGCUGACUUGAAGGCAGCUAGACAGCUUGCUUCUGAAAUCACCUCCAAAGGAGCAGUCCUGUAUGACUUACUUGGCAAAGAGGUGGAACUGAGGGAAGCAAGGACAGAAUCUCUUGGCAGACCUUUGGAGAUAAAUGAGGCUGAGAAGGUGAUGAAAAUUGCCAUUAACAGCGUUCUGGAAGAAGUCCAAAAGACCAAAGACAUGUUGAAUAACGUGGCUUUGGAUGAAGCCAAUUUGGAAGCCAAGAUUGAAAAACGAAAAUUGGAACUGGAAAGAAGCCAGAAGAGGCUGCAGACUCUGCAGAGUGUUCGCCCUGCUUUCAUGGAUGAGUAUGAGAAGAUUGAGGAGCAGCUGCAGAAGCAGUACAGCACUUACCUUGAAAAGUUCCGAAAUCUGACCUACAUGGAGCAGCUCCUGGAUGAUCAUCGACGGACAGAGCAGGAGAUGUUUGAGGAAGCAGCCAACAUGCUACGUCUGAUCCAGAACAGGCUGAAGGAGGAGGAGCAGCACCUGCUGAAGAGUGGAGGUAAUGAUGACUCUGACAUAGAAAUCCAGGAGGAUGAAGGAUCUGACAGCGAGGGGGAUUUGCAGAUCACGAGGCACCGCAUUGGCACAGAAACUCUCCUGCCAGGAAGAGUUGGCACACGGAUCGUGGGAUCAAUGCAAGGUGGAGACACGGAGGAAGAUGGGACCCCAGCCCCGGCGCGGCCAGGCCGGAGCAAGGCUCAGGACGACUCAGGGGAUAGUGAGAUUGACCUGGAUGAAGAUGAAGAUGAGGAGGAGGAGGAUGAUCUGGAAGAUGACAGCAUGGAAAUCUCCCCAGGCAAAUCCAGUCUCCGAGUCAGGAAGCCAGAGCCACUGGAGCAAAGUGAUAAUGACUUCUGACCCUUCAGUAGCAGGAGCCCUCUUGAGGCACAAACCUUGGAGAAGCCAGGAGCUAAUACCCUGCUGUCUGAAAAGUGUGUGUCAGUGUGAAUUCAGGAGUUGGUAAAUAAUGUUCAUUAAACCUGAAAAUUAAACUUGGAUUGCCAGGUUUGUGAAUCUCAAAGCAUGAGCAGUUUAUCCAUAAUGAGAAUCACAGUAAUGUGCAUUUAUUUCCAUAAUUGCAUUAAACUGGCUCUUGUGCACUGCAGUGCCAGAAGCCUCACUCCAGUGAGCAUCGUGUCCUGAUUUCCCUGCAUUUUAUUAUGUCCAAAUAGAUUUCUUUGGCUUAAUAAAACUGGAUAAAAAGCU